AGUUGUGCGUGGCCUGUUCCAGGCAGCCGGGUGAAGUUUUCUUCCGGUUGUUCCCCUAGCUCUGUUGUGGAAGCAGCUCUCUCUGUUGGGUGAGCGUUCAUUCAUGAAGCCCUUUCCUGAGCCAGCUGAGGAGGCUUAGGCCUCCUGCAGCCUGUGACAUGGAAGCUUUGGAGGUGGAUGAUAUCAGCCCGGCCUUAGAAGUCACAGAGGAUUUCUUCAGCACUUUGGACAGUAAGCUAGAGAAGGUUGUGCAGCAAGCAGAGGUGUAUGGGAUCCAGGAAGUCCCUGAACUGGUAGGGCAUGAGGUGCUCAGUGACAUUACUGACAAUGGUGCUGUGAGAAAUGCCGCCUCCCUGGGCAAGGGAGGCACGGUUUGGGACCACUGUAAGAGCAGGCUCUUCGAAACCAGAGCUCAAAAUGUCUUCCCUGCGAAAGAGCAGUUUAUGGUCCAGAGAGGGACAGCCCCAGAUAAUCUCUCCUGGAUGGAACAAAAGGAAGCAUCAACCUUUAAUUUCUUCAACAUCUGUCAGCGUCGGAAGGACAGACCUCGUUCAGUGAACGACUUACUGGAUGAGACCUCCACUUUCAAGCCAGGGCAUGCUCGGUCAAGGUCAGAUAUUACCCAGGUGGACUGGAGGGUGGUCCUCAAAACCCCGCCGCUACAGCAGCCCCAGCCGUCCCUUCAGGGCCCUCACGUCACCAGGCCAUCUUUUCUGUUGCCCUCACCAAAUAAGGUAGAAGAUGCUCAAGGAAAUACCGAACAUAAGCAGAUGUUCCCAAACAUUCUGAAGAAGGGUUACCUGGAGAUUAGGAAGGACCAUGAUAGCUGCUGGCAGAGCUGUUAUGCAGAACUCUCGCCCUACAGCUUGUGCUUCUAUAGCCUUGACAGCAGUGGGAAUCAGAACCCUCAUGCAGCGUUCCAGCUCUCACACUUCCAGAGCAUAUCUGUUCUGGGCAACCUGGAGGCCAGGAUGGUGGACACCGUUUUGCAUGACGACUCCCAGCUACAGCUAAAGGCAGAGUCGCCGUGGGAGGCUUUGGACUGGGGGCAGAAGCUGUGGGAAGUCGUGCACAUGGCCGUGCCGGGGUACGUAGGACGGCAGGACGAGCUGGCCAGCUCACCAGGCCAGCACCAUGUUGACUGCACACAGAGUCGUUGUUUGCCAAGGCGAGCCAGUGGGCUGCUGCUGCCCUCCCCCACCGUGGCUAGCCCCAGACAGUGCCACAGCAUCCUCAAAUCGGGGACCCUCUACCGGCUGACCGUGCAGAACAACUGGAGGGCAUGUACGUUUGUGCUGAGCAGGGCCUGCCUGCUGGCUUUUCAGCCCGGCAAGCUGGAUGAGCACCCGCUGCUGAGCUACAACGUGGAUGUAUGUCUGGCUGUCCAGGCGGACAACCUGGACAGCUGUGACUCUUGCUUUCAAGUCAUUUUCCCCCAAGAUGUGCUCCGCCUCCGAGCUGAGACCCGACAGAGGGCUCAGGAGUGGAUGGAGGCUCUGAGAACUGCUGCCAAUGUGGCAAGGAGCUCAGAGCAAAACCUGCAAGUCACGCUGAGGAGCAAGCCCUCGGAUCCGGCGGGUGGGCGUGAACUCAGGAAGAACAAGCGCCAGUCUGUGACCACCAGCUUCCUGAGCAUUCUGACGACUUUGUCUCUGGAACGAGGACUCACUGCUCAGAGUUUCAAAUGUGCAGGAUGCCAGAGAGCCAUAGGUCUUUCCAGCGGGAAGGCCAAGGUGUGCAGUUACAGCGGGUGGUAUUACUGCAGCAGCUGCCACGUCGACGAUAGUUUUCUGAUCCCAGCACGUGUCGUCCACAACUGGGAUACUUCCAAAUACAAGGUGUCCAAGCAGGCCAAAGAGUUUCUGGAGUACGUGUUCGAGGAGCCGCUGAUCGACGUGGGCCGUGAGAACCCUCUGCUCUACCAGCACGCGCCUGCCCUGGCCGCUGUUGCGCGCCUGCGGCAGCGGCUACGCUCACUCCGGGCUUACCUGUUCAGCUGCCGCGCGGCUGUGGCCGAGGACCUGCGCCGCAGAAUGUUCCCCAGAGAAUACCUCCUCCAACAGAUCCACCUCUACUCCCUUGCCGACUUGCAGCAGGUGAUAGAGGGAAAGCUGGCUCCAUUCUUGGGCAAGGUCAUUAAAUUUGCCACCUCACAUGUGUACAGCUGCAGCCUUUGUAGCCAGAAGGGGUUCAUCUGCGAAAUCUGUAACAAUGGAGAGAUCCUCUACCCUUUUGAGGAUAUUGCAACAAGCAGGUGUGAGAGCUGCGGAGCUGUUUUCCAUUCCGAAUGCAAAGAAAAGUCAGUCCCCUGCCCGAGGUGUGUCCGCCGGGAGCUGCAGAAGAAGCAGAAGUCCUUCUGGCAGAAGCUGGACGUGGACGAGAGUCUGGAGGAGGCCUGCGCCCUGUUCGAGCUGUCCUGCCAGAACACCUGACCUGCCCCCGUGGGCCAGGACUCCGUCACGUGCGUCAGCCUAGCAUGGCCUCCAGCCAGCCAGACCCUUAUGGAAGGAGAGUGUGUCUCCUUUUCAGCUAGACAUAGAUGUAGAGUCACUUAUGCAUAUACUCGCCUGUAAGUCCCUCACAUAUGCUCUGUACACCGUUGUCUACAAGGUCUGCAGAGCCUCUGUGGCUUGAAAAACUGUCCGCAGCUGAAUCCCACCUGGCCACUAUCACAGCUGCUCGCUCCCAGGCGCACGUGGUGUACAAACAGUGCUUUAUAGGUCAAACAUGUUUUUCUGUCUCUUGGGGAAUUCUGUCACACGAGACAUAGGAGGGAGCUUUUCCUGCAGAGCAACAGUGCUUCGGGUUAUUUUUGUGUUUUUUGCUUUUACCCUUCACAGAGGCCGAGGUAGCUGAGGCAGGCAGCCAUCGUCCUCUGUUCCGAAAGAAAACCUUCAGCAUACAGGCAUGACUCCAGGGCCAUUCCAGGACCUGGUGUCCCAGGCUCCAGCCUCAGUUCCUCCCCAGAGCCAGAGUGUGCAAGUGCCCUCUGACAGAAAGCAAGCACCCUAAUUCACGAGGCAGCUGGUCCAGUGUUGAAGUUCAUCUCAGAAAGCUUUCUUCCUGAGAAAGGAAGGAGCCUCUGCGUCCAGUCACUGUGUGUUGUGGGCUUCUUUGUGGGUACGAGUCCAGUGCUCGCCUCGUGAUGGGACACUCCACUGUGUUUGCCAGGCUACAAACGUGGCUCUCCAAGAACAGCCUUCCUGGGGUGUCACGCUGACAUUCAUGCUUUUUCCUGAGAGUUUUGAGACGACAUCGCUUGUAGACAGGUAGAUGAGGUGCAUGGGACGCGUGUGCGGGAGAUGGAGUCUGGCUUCUUUUCCUGGAACCCUGCGUAGGCAGUUCCUACCUGUUCCUCUUGAGUGCUUCCUUUCCCCCUGUUCUUUCCUGCAUGUCCAUCUUGACUUUAGUUUGUCUAUUUAACCACUCUUGCUUUCACCUUUUUCAGUUGUUUGAAAGAUCACAGCAACAUGGAACUUCAAAAUACCAACUUUAGACUAUUAAGAAAAUCCCAAACAUACAAACAUAAUUAGUGAAUUCAAUCUGAUGUUGUUUAAAUACACACACACGCACACGCACGCGCACGCACGCACACACACAUAAUUGCCACCUUAAAGUAAAACCAAAAGUGCUAAAUUAAGUAAGAGGAUAGAAAUAGGAAACGUAGGCUCCCAUUCCUUCCACCAACGUUCUUUCUAGAACAGGAAAGCCCACUUUCAGGGAAGCAGCUCUCAGCAGACUGUGUGAGAUGGUCUUGGCACUGGGCGGAUGCCUUCCAUGCCCUCGUGGCAGGGCAGUUUCCCAGCUGCUGGAAUCCAGGAUCGCCGGCUCAGAGUGCACGGCACCUUCCGCCUGUGGCUCCUUCCGGCAGCCCUGCUCCCUCCAGGUCCCAACUCACGGCACUUCCAUCCACUUGAAGAUGCGGCACUCUAGGCUGACUUGUGCAUUUUGCUUCCCAACCCACACCAAUUCCUUUGGCCCCACCACACGUUUCAGCUUAACAGCUCAGCGCCACGCAUGCAUUUAUUUUCUGAUGAUACAAUAGCCAUGACCAAGGCAUGGAAACGUGUUAAAAGGCCAAGGCGCUAUGCAUGAGAUGCCUCGCGGUGCCUUUCAGUCUUGGAAAAGCAAGUGGACAUCCCCCACUCUGGUUCUGGAGAAUGCUACACACAAGAGAAAAGUGUGGAAAGUCUUGGACCCUUGGCAAACCAAUCUGGUCAGCUCCUUUCCUCCUCCCACCCAUGAAAUACAGCCUGUAUCUUUUCCAGCUCAGAGAACAUAGCAGAACGUGAUCUUUCACAAGAGAAUUGCAGACCCGCUCAUCAGGAAACGUCGUGCUCCACGGCCAAGUGCCUUCUCCCUCUGCCCCGGCUCCCUGUCACACAGCUCGCCUUUGCCCACGCUGUCAUUGCUGCCUCCGCGAUGCCGGCGGGCAGCGAGGCCGCUCCCAGCCACUGCACCGGGAGACCUGCAGCGCCGGCCCGCUUCCUCCCCUUCUCACGUGUCUGCUCCAGGCGCAGAAUAGCUGUCCCAACUCACAGGCACCCAGGCCAGACCCGCCCAGCGUUGAGGGGGAGACUCCGGAUGCCUGUUAAAAGCAGCCCUGUUGGCACCAGUGCCCGUGGGGAGGGGCCUGCUCCAUCGGGCCAGCCCUGAGAGCUCCGGAGGACUUCCCGCUCGCAUGGCGCCGCUUCCUUUCCCAAGAGAAGCAGC